AGCUGUUGUGUUUACUUCCGGACAUCGACGCGAAAGUGCUUGUCUGAGCAGCAGCGGCGGCGGCAGCCUCACUGGAGCUUUCAGGCUGUCAUCUGCAAGCUUUCAUGACGGAGCUGACCGGCGUCGAUCAGCAGCAACCACAGCCGGACCCCCGUGCGCCUCCGCCCGGCUCUAAAGACCUUUCACAGCCCUGUCUUCCAGGCUAGCUGCGGAUCACAACAAGGACAAUCACCCCUCCGAGUGUGUGAGGCGCCGUUUGUGCGUGUCUGCGUGCGUGUGGAGGCAACGGACCCCAGGAGCGGGUGCGAGAGAAGGCAGCCCCGGCAGCGAAGGGAGUCGGCCGGGUUAAAGUAGAGGGGGGUCGCCUCCGACUCCUGGCGUUAUCCCCCUGCUAACUAGCGUUAGCCCAGCUAGCUCCAGGCGGCACCAUGGACUGGUUAAUGGGGAAGUCAAAGACAAAACCAAAUGGAAAAAAACCUCCAGCAGAAGAAAAGAAGCAGUACUUGGAGCCAGAGUUCACAAAGAUCCGAGUGGUGGACUUCGACCUUAAGGAGCUGGUGGUACUGCCCCGAGAGAUAGACCUCAAUGAAUGGCUAGCCAGCAACACGACUACAUUCUUCAAUCUCGUCAACCUGCAGUACAGCACCAUCUCAGAGUUCUGCACUGGUGACAGCUGCCAAGCCAUGACGGCAUGCAACACAAUAUACUACUGGAAUGACGAGAAGGGGAAGAAGACAAAGUGCACUGCGCCACAAUAUGUUGACUUUGUAAUGAGUCUUUGUCAAAAACUGGUCACAGAUGAGGAAAACUUUCCUACAAAAUAUGGCAGAGAAUUUCCCAACUCCUUUGAGUUGCUGGUGAAGAAGAUCUGCCGGUACCUGUUCCACGUGCUGGCUCACCUCUACUGGGCGCACUUUAAGGAGACGGUGGCUCUGGACCUGCAGGGCCACUUGAACACUCUGUACGCACAUUUCAUCGUUUUCGUAAGGGAAUUCAACCUGGUGGACCCCAAGGAGACCUGCAUCAUGGACGACCUGUCUGAAGUCCUGUGCACGCCCGUCCCGCCGCCCUCGACCGCCCCCUCCGCCUCCGCCUCCCCUUCCUCACAAAACCACGUGACGGAGAGAUGAGCUGGGGGCGCCGCUGAGACGCCAGCACGUGAGUGAUGGAAGAUAAGAUAGAGAGAAGGAAAGACAGUCUGGUCGCCUUUCUUGGUGCACCAGCAGGACUUUAGACGCCUUCCACCAAACUUUGUGUAUUUUGCUGCAACACCAACCAACCAGUCGGAAGAUAAAGGGGGGAGGUUUUUUGUUUUUUUUGCGGGUGUUAGUUUGGGGCGACGGGUUUGUAACGCCAGCAGGAAUUGGCGUCAACGUUCCUCACAGGGUCAAUUUUCCUUCCAUCUUCUCUGCAGCAUAAACUAGGAACAAAAAAUGUCGGCUAUGUUUUAUUUGUUUGGUUUUAUUUCACUUUUGUUGGAGUUGUUUGCUUUCGUUUAGUUGUUUGGUUGGGUUGGCAGCGUGGUUACUGACCCUCCUCAUCCUGUACACUUCCUUGGACAGUGUCUGUGCGCCGUGGACCCCUAGCGUUCCAUCCUGGGCGAUAUUAGCCAAGUUGUUUAUGUGGGGGUCGAUUUAAGCUCCUCCUACUCAGGAUCUCUAAAAGUUUGUCACUGCUGCCAGAGAGGCUUUUCUCUCCCUUGGUGAUCCUUUUCAACUCCUCCACUUGUCCUCCCUUUUGAUGCGGUGGAGCCUAUUAACCCCUAGAGGGCAGCAAAGACGACGAGCAAGGAGACAAGAGAACAUAUAAAGAUUGUAUAUUAGAUAUUUAACCCUAUGAUCAGAGGAAAGGUGAUACUUUAUGUCUAGUGGCCGAAUAUUCUCAGCAGUUUGCCUCCUUUAAGACACACACCUGUCCCAGCUGCGCAGGAGGACAAAGAUAUGAUGUCAUGUCUGCCGGCCCACCCAAGCCAACAUGAAGGGGGGAAGAGAGAGAGGUGUUGCAUUAAGGCCAUGCAAAGUGCACCUUUUUAUUUUAUUUUUUUUAGUUUUCCACAUGUCCCUUUUUAAUUGUACGUUUUAAAGAGAUCAUCAGACAAGCGAGAGAGGAAAACACCUUCUGCUUGGACGGGUUAUGUCAGAUAGUCUCUAUGUGGAGGAGGAUUGAGUUUGUACAUGUCCCUUUUUUAAUUUAUUUUUAAGUUGUUUUUUUGUUGUCGUUUUUUGCAGGGUUCUUUAGUUCUGGCUCUUGUUUUUAUGUAUUUUAAUUAUUAACUAAGUUAAAAAGCAAUUUAAUAUUUCAAACUCUGCAGAUUAUAAUCUAAUAAAAGAGAUAAAUGCCAA